AGCCUUGCCCGGCCAUUAUAAAUGGCGCGGCCUGGAUCUCGGGACAACACAUUCCACCUCUUCCUUCCUCUUUCGAUCUGCUCAUCGCCUCCGGAACGAAAGCAGCAGGACAAGGUAGCAGCAAGAAAUGGCGUCCGAAGACACCUUCCUCUUCACGUCCGAGUCCGUGAACGAGGGCCACCCCGACAAGCUCUGUGACCAGGUCUCCGACGCCGUCCUCGAUGCCUGCCUAGCCCAGGAUCCCGACAGCAAGGUCGCCUGCGAGACUUGCACCAAGACCAACAUGGUUAUGGUAUUGGGCGAGAUCACCACCAAGGCCACCGUCGACUACGAGAAGAUCGUGCGCGACACCUGCCGCAACAUCGGUUUCGUCUCCGACGACGUCGGGCUCGACGCCGACCGUUGCAAGGUGCUCGUCAACAUCGAGCAGCAGUCCCCUGACAUCGCACAGGGCGUCCACGGACACUUCACCAAGCGCCCCGAGGAGAUCGGCGCCGGCGACCAGGGGAUCAUGUUUGGCUAUGCCACCGACGAGACCCCCGAACUGAUGCCCCUCAGCCACGUGCUCGCCACCAAGAUCGGCGCUCGCCUCACCGAGGUGCGCAAGAACGGCACCUGCGCCUGGGUCAGGCCUGACGGCAAGACCCAGGUCACCGUCGAGUACCGCAACGAGGGCGGCGCCAUGGUCCCCAUCCGCGUGCACACCGUCCUCAUCUCCACCCAGCACGACGAGACCGUCACCAACGACGAGAUCGCGGCGGACCUCAAGGAGCACGUCAUCAAGCCGGUCAUCCCCGGGAAGUACCUCGACGAGAACACCAUCUUCCACCUCAACCCGUCUGGCCGCUUCGUCAUCGGCGGGCCUCACGGAGAUGCCGGCCUCACCGGCCGCAAGAUCAUCAUCGACACCUACGGUGGCUGGGGAGCCCACGGCGGCGGCGCUUUCUCCGGCAAGGACCCCACCAAGGUGGACCGCAGUGGCGCCUACAUUGCCAGGCAGGCCGCCAAGAGCAUCGUCGCGAGCGAUCUCGCGCGCCGCGUCAUCGUGCAGAUCUCGUACGCCAUCGGUGUGCCUGAGCCCCUGUCCGUGUUCGUCGACUCCUACGGCACCGGCAAGAUCCCUGACAGGGAGAUCCUGAAGCUGGUGAAGGAGAACUUUGACUUCAGGCCAGGGAUGAUCAGCAUCAACCUCGACCUCAAGAAGGGUGGCAACAGGUUCAUCAAGACCGCUGCCUACGGCCACUUCGGCCGCGACGACCCCGACUUCACCUGGGAGGUGGUCAAGCCCCUCAAGUUCGACAAGGCAUCUGCCUAACAACACAUCCUGGACCUGUUGCCUCAUCAGCGACUCCGGUUUUCUUACUGGACAUCGCCGCGACACCACACUACCGGCUUGAUAAUAUGGGAACCAAAACUAUGUGGCGCCAAGUUUUUCUUGCUGGUCUAGGCCUUCCAUAUUCAUUUUUUUCAUAAUAAUGAUGCUCCUUCCCCCGUGUUGAAAGAGCCCUAUGUAAUUCCAGCCACCUGUUUUCCUAUUCUUUAAAACAGCAGCCGAGUACUAUAUAAACUGUCCAAGUUUUCAA